CCCUGUAAGUUCCUUGGGCCCCAGCUCUACCCCAGCCUUGGAUGGAGCGGUGGCAUUGUUCUGGAACUCUCCAGAAAUUCCAACUGUUCCAGAACACUCAAGAACCUCUUAGGCAAAAGGCUGGAACCUGAUCACACAGCACUCUGAGGUCUUUCUAGCCCAGCUUGGGACAGUUCCCACUCUGUCCUCAGCAGGCUUCAUGUGGAUGCUGGCACUAGGUGGGGUUUUCCUGGCACCCGCCCAGGCCUGUAUCUUUUGUCGCCUCCCAGCCCAUGACUUGUCAGGCCGUCUCGCUCAGCUCACCAGCCAGAUGGAGGCCCAGUGGAAGGAAUGGGCCUCCCCAGACUUUUCAGCCUUUGCCUUAGAUGAGGUGACAAUGAACAAAGUCACAGAGAAGACUCACAGAGUCCUGAGGGUCAUGGAGAUCAAAGGGUCCAUUUCCUCCCUCCCUUCAUACUGGCAAUGGCUGUUAAAGACCAAGAUCCCUCAGUACAUCAGGGAAGCUCUCUGUGCCCCCACCUGCAGGGGCAGCACUACUCUGUACAACUGCUCCACUUGUGAGGGCACCAAGGCCUCCUGUUGGCCCAGAAAACGCUGCCUCCCAGGAAGUCACGAUCUGUGGGAAGCCAGGAUCCUGCUCUUAUCUGUCUUCGGAGCUGUCCUGCUACUGGGUGCUCUGAGCCUCCUGGUGGAAAACCAUCACCUCCAAGUAAAAGGUGACUUGUGAAGAUGCUGACAACCUCCCCACCUCCAGCUCUGAGGAAUGUGUACCCACAAUUUCCACAUCCUUUGGGGGAAUCAGCCAUUCCUUAAUACCAGCUCCAAAGACUCAAUCUUCCAGACCCUACAACCUAGAUGUCCCAAGACCAAUUCCAGCAUCAGAUGGCCUCCAAAAACCUGGGUAUCCACAUCUGGAAAGUUCCUCCCCCACUGGCCCUUGACCAAUCUGACGGGGCAGUGGGCCACGCCAGGAAAUUAUCUACAGAAGGAAAGAAUCCCCUGCACGCACCAACCCCCAUCCCACACCCACUCUGCCCAUUCCCGGAAAGCAGGGCCUGUCUACCCCAGAAUCGCCUCUGGGCCCUCCCAUGACUGAUUGGGAAUCCGGGAAUAAGAGUUCUGGAAAACUCUCUCCUUCUGGAGUGAGCCCACAACAGUCAGCCCACUGGCACGCUGUCUGUCCAUUGUGUUAACACUGUGCAGCCCUGGCUUCCUACAGAGGCCUCCCUCCUGCUGGACCCAAGUAAAACUGCUCUUCAAUGCUUGCCACCUCUGCUUGGCUUCUGCACUGGAGAGGGCAGAGAGGGUACUGGAGGCUCUCAGUGUGGUGCAGGGAUUUGAACUGGGGUGAUUUAGCACCCUGGUAGACAUUUAGCAAUGUCUGGAAACAUUUUGUAUUGUUUUGAUUGGGAGGCUGUACUACUGGCAUUUAGUGAGUAGAGAAAAGGGGAUGCUUUAACAUUCUACAACCCACAGAAAGUCCUCACAACAAAAAAUUAAUCUGCCUAAACCAGGCGUGGUGGCACACUUGUAAUCCCAGCACUUGGGAGGCUGAGACAGGAGGAUUGCCAUGAGUUCAAGG